UCAAAUCAGCUAGCAGUACAAACUAGCAAACUAGCUACAAACUGUUUCUUUUGUGUAGACUGCUUCCUCAGAUUUGAGCCCGUGAUUAGAUGAAGAUUUACACGUACCUUCGGACAGCUCAAAGCUCAAAGUGUGCUAGCAGAACGACAAAGCAUUUGUUAAACCAAACAUUUCGCAACCCUCUGAGCUCCAAAGGCAUCUAGCUUAAGUAUCUUAUUAAGAAAGAAAUUGAUUUCUAUGUGACAGAGCACCAAUGAUCACUAUUAAGGGCUUGUGUUGUUCAACUGCAUUUUUCUUCAUUGAUCUAAAUAAUGCCAGAUACUGUUGAGGAAUUGGGUUAAUAAUAACCAUAAUGUACAGAGCUAUCUUGACCGAUCUGGUGGUGUUUGGUGUCUAUGGCGGUGACAUGUACAUAUUGGCAAAAGAUGUUUGCUGCUGUUCGCACCUAAGCAGAAGCGUUUAACACAGACGUAGGAGUGCGUGGGACUGAAUUUUCCUCAAGCACACUGACUCUCUCACCUCACACUUUCACAUGUGCAACCAGUUUUUACCAAUUCAUUCAGCGCACAACAUGCAUUUUUAUCCAGCUGAACGCAACGCGCACUCCACAGUUCAGAGUCUUUAAGAGAUGAGAAACUGACAAGAAACACCUACGUGAAUGUAGAAACUCAAGUUGAGGUUCAAAGAGGGAGAUACAAGGAAAGCUACCGUAGUGAAAGCGGAACAGGUGGAAAAGCACAAAGCCAAAGUGAGGCACUUGAAAUCAUUCUCUAUGGAUACGUGAAGGCAUUAAGCAAACUCAAACUGCUCUUCAAUAUUCACUGGGAGAGAGUCGUGGAUUUCAGGUUUCACUGUGAGGAAUAGUGUGUGAAGAGGAAAACUGUGGAAAACAAUCAGUAGAUACAGUCAAGAAUUUCAUCUGCAGUUCAAUUCAAAAUGAAAAACACCUGACGCUCUUGAGGGCUUCUGUCGUAAAUAGUUGUGUUAUGAUAAAAUACUCAGUUUUGACCAGUUGUUUUUUUAACUUCCAUCAAAAACUUUGGCAGAUAAAAAUUUGGAAUCAAACUGCCCACUUUUUGGAAGCAAAACAUGAAACAAAGCCACAUAUUUUGCCAAACACUGUGAGGCGAAAGUAAUUUUCGUUCUUGGAGCGCUCUUCCUUUAAGGUCUCUCUUGACCAAACAUUCAAUCUCUCCAAUUAUCCUCCCAUCGCUUUGGAAUAAAACACGCAACAUGGACCGUAACGCAACCACGUACAUGCAGCAUUUACUGAUUUAGGAGUAAUUUGGAUGUAGUCCCAGAAAAGCGCUGGUGGAAGUGGCCUUGAUAAAAGCGUGAGAGCAAACACAGAAGGGUAAUUUCAUGCUGAAUUCCCUGAAUUAAGCACAUCAAUGGGGACAGGAACAAAAGAAGUGCUGUACCACAACAUUUCACUUCAAGCACAAAUGGACUUUUUUACAUACUGGAAUUAAUUUGUUUUCGCACUCCCCAAUAGACUUGAGAAACGAGAGUUUGGACUUCUUGUGCAGAAGAGUUUUCUAGUUAGGUAGGAUGAAAUGGACUGUUUUAAAAGCAGGAAGCCAUGAGAAAUAUUUGUGCAUGUGUCUCUGAACCAGAAAUGCUUUGAAUUAAACCGUUCUCCUACUGAAGACCCGAGUACAUUCACUGAACUCAUUGGACUCAUUGGAUCUGGGACAUGCUGUUUGGUUGAAGAAGCACAGCAGUUUCUCUGAGCAGGUUCGUGGCCUGAAGGUGUCAGGGUUCAGACGUCAGGAUGGGGUGUAACAUGUGCCUGGUGCAGAAGCCCGAGGAGCAGUACAGGGUCAUGUUCCAGGUGAACGGAGACCUGACUGGACUCUCUCCGGAGCAGAGCCUGCAUGCGCUGCGCUGCCGGAGGAGCGUGAGGUGGGGUCCGAGGAGGAAAGCAGCCGGACCUGGAGCUGCUGGAGGGACGGCGGUAAUGACUGAGUGUGUGGACAGCGGGACGCAGACAGAUAUCAGCUUCCAGCACAUGGUGACAUUAGGCAGACCCGUCCAUCACAACAGUCCAUCCCCUCCGCUGCCGCCCAUCCCAGAGCCAUACCUCUUCAGCCAGCUUCCUGCUGCAGACCAUGUGUACUACGACCCAACGGACUACUUUGACAUCAGUCAACAUGAGGUGGACAGACAAGAUGUCCUGGAGUAUGAGGAGGUGGAACUGUAUAAGUCCUCUCAGCAAGAUAAACUGGGUUUAAUGGUGUGUUACCGCACUGACGAUGAAGAGGAUCUGGGUAUCUAUGUGGGUGAGGUGAACCCUAAUAGCAUUGCUGCUAAAGAUGGCCGAAUCCGUGAGGGAGACCGAAUACUGCAGAUAAAUGGGAUGGAUGUGCAGAACAGAGAGGAAGCAGUGGCCAUCCUGACCAGAGAGGACAGCACCAACAUCUCUCUGCUACUGGCACGAGCAGAUAUUGAGAAUGAGGCUGAUGAUCUGGAUUUGGAGUUGGGUAUGGACCUGGAUCUAGAAGACUUGGAAAAUGUCUCUAACUCACCCAGCCCUCAUCACCGAAGGGAAACUAGCUCUUUGCUGAGCGACAUCAGUGGGAUCCGAGCUGCUCGGCCCAACUUGUGGCACACUGCGCUCAAUAACAGCCAGGAACUGGACAGCGGGGUGGGUCGUACUGACGAAAGUACACGCUGUGAAGAGUCGUCAGAGCUGGCCGAUGAUGCCACCAGCGCAUGCACGACCAAUGCCACCAAUACACCCGGCAGUUUGCGCAAGUUCCGCGCUGCUCAGCACGGAUGGGAAUACAUCCACUACAGCAACGACUCGCUGCUGGGGCCAGAUGGGGUGGGAGCGGUGGAUCACGGGACUCCUGAAUCACUAGGCUUGGUGACUAGCAGAGCACUGAUGCCAGGGCUAACUGAAGAGGAAUAUGAACGUUACCGAGAGCUACUGGAGAUCCGCUGCCUUUACGAGAAGAACGGAAAUGCACUUUUCCUUUUGGAUGGAAGGAACCAUGGUGGAGGAGGAGGGGGUGAUUUUGCAGGGGCAGGUGUUCCUAUAGACACGAAUUGUAACGAGAGCCUGAUGCAUCAUGAGAUUGCCCUUCUAGAUGAGGAAAUACGCCACCUGGAGUUUAAGUGGCGUAAUGUUUUGCGGGCUCAAAAGAUGCAACAGUUGCGCCAACGCUGCCUGAAGGUCUGGCCAGCGGAUGAAGAUGAUGAUGAAGAAAAAGGAGCAAAGGCAAGAGGUGCAGAGGCGAUCCACCACGAUCUGUCAGAUAUCAACGAGAUCCCAGAAAGGGAACGCUCUGAUAAGGAGAGUACAAGCGCUUAUAAUACCGGCGGGGAAAGUUGCAGAAGCACACCUUUGGCAAGUGAACGACACCCUUCACUGUCUGGGGCUGGAGAUUCCAGUGCCUCUGCAACCAUGCGACCUCGGACGCCCCAUCACAGAACAAGCACAAGUAGGGAUAAGAAUCUAAACCUACCAUCAGAUGCCAAGAAAAAGAGUGAAGAAACAGCGGACAACAAAAACUCUACUCCAGCAAGGCUUCGGUCGUUAUCCCGGAAUGGCGGGAGUAGUAGAAAGGGCUUGGAUGGAGCACGAAGGGGCUCCCAUGCAAAUGGGAUCGUGAAAGGUGGAAGGAGUGCUGAAAACAGUCCAUACUUGUCCCGUCGCCGCUGCAGUACCACGCUGCCUCAACGCUACCAGAGUUGCAUGCAGUUGAGGGACGUGUCUAUAAACGACAGUCCAGAAUUAAGGGAUGCCAAUGAAAAGGUUCCUUCUCACUCCAAUACCUUAACUUGUCUAAACAGAGAAUCCACAGCUGCUCUUGCAACUUCUUUGAUUAUAACUUCUUCACUGCCUCCAUCUUCACCUCAAAUGGAGUGGAAGGUAAAGAUCCGCAGCGAUGGCUCACGUUAUGUUGCUAAACGUCCGGUAAGAGACCGUUUGCUAAAGGCUCGUGCCAUGAAGAUUCGAGAAGAGCGCAGUGGGAUGACCACGGACGAUGAUGCGGUCAGUGAAAUGAAGAUGGGACGCUAUUGGAGCAAGGAGGAGCGUAAGCAGCAGCUGCUGAGAGCUCGCGAGCAACGGCGACGCCGUGAGUUCAUGAUGCAGAGCCGACUGGACUUCAUGCGGGAGAAAGAGAAGGAACAAGACUCUGGACCUCAAGGACAGGCUUCUAUACUUGAGCUGAGCCAGAAAAAGAGUAUGAAGAAACGCAGCCGACGCAUCCUGGACAACUGGAUCACCAUUCAGGAGCUGUUGGCACAUGGGACCUGUUCUGUAGAUGGGAAGAAAGUGUACAACCCUUUGCUAUCAGUGACCACAGUUUAAUAAAUGGUGUGAAAUGAGACCAAAAAGAUAUUUGAAUUACAACGUUUACCAAUUAUUUGGGGUUCUCUGACAAAAAUGCAGAGUAGUCAAGAAACAAUGAAUAUAAAUGUACAAGAAGACAAAGGCUAAUUGCAAAUGAAUGUAAAAUUUUCAUAAUUAACAUGAACUCUGGGAGCAGCUCUCUGUUCCUAUCCAGGUGCUGGUCAAAGUUUGAUAAUUCCACUAAUUCCAUUCAAAAAGUGAAACUUGUAUAUUAUAUUUAUUCAUUACACACAGACUGAUUUAUUUAAAAAGUUUAUUUCUUUUAAUUUUGAUGAUUAUAACUGACAACUAAGGAAAAUCCCAAUGUCAGAAAAUUUUAAUAUUACUUAAGACCAAUACAAAGAAAGGAUUUUUAGAAAUCUUGACCAACUGAAAAGUAUGAGCAUGAAAAGUAUGAGCAUGUACAGCACUCAAUACUUAGUUGUGGCUCCUUUUGCCUGAAUUACUGCAUCAAUGCGGCGUGGCAUGGAGUCGAUCGGUCUGUGGCACUGCUCAGGUGUUAUGAGCCCAGGUUGCUCUGAUAGUGGCCUUCAGCUCUUCUGCAUUGUUGGGUCUGGCUUAUUGCAUCUUCCUCUUCACAAUACACAAUAGAUUUUCUAUGGGGUUAAGGUCAGGCGAGUUUGCUGGCCAAUUAAGAACAGGGAUACCAUGGUCCUUAAACCAGGUACUGGUAGCUUUGGGACUGUGUGCAGGUGCAAGGUCCUGUUGGAAAAUGAAAUCUCCAUCUCCAUAAAGUUGCUCAGCAGCAGAAAGCAUGAAGUGCUCUAAAACUUCCUGGUAUACUGCUGAGUUGACCUUUGACCUCAGAAAACACAGUGGACCAACACCAGCAGAUGACAUGGCACCCCAAACCAUCACUGACUGUGGAAACUUUACACUGGACCUCAAGCAACGUGGACUGUGUGCCCUUUCCUCUCUUCCUCCAGACUCUGGGACCUUGAUUUCUAAAGGAAAUGCAAAAUUUACUUUCAUCAGAGAACAUAACUUUGGACCACUCAGCAGCAGUCCAGUCCUUUUUGAAGCGAGAUGCUUCUGACUCUGUUGUUCAAGAGUGGCUUGACACAAGGAGUGCGAAGCUGAAACCCAUGUCUUGCAUACGUCUGUGUGUAGUGGUUCUUGAAGCACUGACUCCAGCUGCAGUCCACUCUUUGUGAAUCUCCCCCACAUUUUUAAAUGGGUUUUGUUUCACAAUCCUCUCCAGUGUGUGGUUAUCCCUAUUGCUUGUACACUUCUUUCUACCACAUCUUUUCCUUCCCUCUGCCUCUCUAUUAAUGUGCUUGGACACAGAGCUCGGUGAACAGCCAGCCUCUUUUGCAAUGACCUUUUGUGCCUUGCCCUCCUUGUACAAGGUGUCAAUGCUAGUCUUUCUCUUGAUUGUGUAGCCUACAGAACUAGACUGAGAGACCAUUUAAUUAAAGGCCUUUGCAGAGGUUUUGAGUUAAUUAACUGAUCAGAGUGUGGCACCAGAUGUCCUCAAUAUUGGACCUUUUCAUAAUAUUCUAAUUUUCUGAUAUUCAUAAUAUUGGGAUUUUCCUUCAUUGUCAGUUAUAAUCAUCAAACUUAUAAGAAAUAAACAUUUGAAAUAUAUGAGUCUGUGUGUAAUGAAUGAAUAAACAAGUUUCACUUUUUUAAUGGAAUUAGUGAAAUAAAUCAACUUUUUGCUGAUAUUCUAAUUAUAUGACCAGCACCUUUAUAUUGUUUUGAUGCUUGAAAUUUCAGUCACUCUCAGACUGUUACAAUGCAGUGGUGGUCUUGAGCAUUUACAAAUGAGAUAUACACAUUUUCUUUCAUAAAAACUUAAAUCUGAGAACAUUUCAUAAGAGAAAAGGUUCAAGGGCCUGUUGCUUAAACUAGGAGUGAGCUCUCUUUUUAAGACUACUUCUUGGUCAGAAUAGGUUUUUAUGUAGUGUUUAUGCAUUUAUUUUUAUUUUUUUGAGGAUAUUACAAAGUUAACCUGGUGAUUGUGAAUUGCUGCUGUUGUUUUGGCUCAAUUAUGUAUGGUUUUCUUCACCUUUAAAGAAUGAGCCAUUACUUAACAGUUGAAUUUUUGAGUUGAUUUCACAAUUUUAGAAGCAUAUUAAACCAUUGAACAAAAGAACCAAAAAGCACAUUGACAACAAAAGUACAAAAAGCAGGACAUUUUCAGCACACAGAUAUAGGCACAAGGUAAUGUCAAUUGUUAAACACUGACAUUGUCCAAAGACAAUUACAUGAUUGUAUAUUUUUUGUGGUACCUUUGUCAACACUCAAGGAACAAAUCAGAUCAUAUCAUCACUCUUAAAAAAUAUGUUGUUGCCAGUUUGCAAAAUCACAUUUCAAACUUAUUCUUUGAUAUUGUAAAAAGUAUGCAUGUUGUUGUCUGGGAAAUGUUUAAAUUAUAUCGUGUGUACUGUCAAGUGAAGUUUUUGCCAUCUUUUCUGUAAUACUGCUCAACAGGACAAUUAUAUAUUGUGUCCAAAUUAUCUUUUAACAUCUUGCAGGUCUAAAAUGAAGGAAUUUCUGCUCCUAAAUGGUUUUGAAUAAAACUUUUGCAAUUUCAUUGACUUUCACCAAUUAUUUGCACACAAAAAAAAAAAAAAA